GAGACAAUACACCAUCUUCUCUUUGAAUGCCGAAAAUGGCGACAUCAACGAAACAAGCUCUACAAGGAUCUAGAGCUAGAUGGAGUUAUGAGGCCCACUGCUGCAGAGGAACACCCGCGAGGACGACUUCUGGGAGAGCCCAGAGCUACCAAGGCGCUGCUACAAUUCCUAGCUAGUACCAGUGUAGCUCUACCUCGAGCACACCUACAGCGAACGGCAGAAAGGGUCCAGAAAGAUGAUGAAUGGGGAUUGGAAUCAUUGGAAGAGGCAAUUCAAACAGGAGAAGGAUAG